AUGGUUAGAUUGUUUAGAAGUAACUCAAAUCCAAAAGAGAUCGACAUUUCGAAACCAAAAGAGUGUCAGCAUAGAGUGCACGUUGAUGUUGAUUUUAAUUGGAGUGGACCACAUUCAUUUAAUGUCGAAGAGAAAUUAGGCGAGGGAUCAUUUGGAUCAGUAUUCAGAGCAACACAUAAAGAUUCGGGUAUACCACUAGCAAUUAAAGAGUUUGACAUAUUCGAAGCAGAUGAUGUGGAACCAAUUACAAAGGAAAUUCAAAUUUUAAAGAAAUGCAACAAUCCAUAUGUUGUUAGUUAUUUUGGAUCCUGUAGAUUAAAGAGUAAACUUUGGAUCCUUAUGGAUUACUGUGCAUUGGGAUCAUUAAAUGAUGUUAUGCAAUCGAUUGGUAAAACAUUAAAGGAACGUGAAAUCGCUUUGAUUUGCCAACAGGCAUUACAGGGUUUAGUGUACCUUCAUUCAAAACAGAUCAUUCAUAGGGAUAUCAAAGCAGCCAACAUUUUACUUACAGAUCAAGGUCAAACCAAAUUAGCCGAUUUUGGUGUUUCACAACAAAUUAUUUCAACUUUUUCAAAGGGUUCCAUCGCAGGUACACCAUACUGGAUGGCACCAGAGGUUUUAAAUCAAUCAAAAUAUAAUUUAAAAGUCGAUGUUUGGUCAUUGGGUAUUACUGCCAUUGAAUUAGCUGAUGGCGAUCCACCAUUAUCAGAUGUUAAUCCAAUGAGAGCUAUGUAUAUGGUACCAAGAAGACCUUCACCAACACUAAAAGACCCAAAGAAAUGGAGCAAGGAUUUCGUUUCAUUUGUUGAUUUAUGUUUAACAAAGAGUGUUGAUGAAAGACCAACCCCCGAACUAUUGUUAAAUCAUCCAUUUAUUAUGGGUGCUAAACCAGAUGCCCUUAAAGAAAUUACUGCUACUGCCAUGAAAUUCAAAAACAAAAAGAGAAAAUCAAUCGGCAAAGUUGAACAACCAAAUGAUACUUUAAGACCAGUAGUUGUAAAUAGAUUAAGUAGUUCUAUCGGUCCAAAUGGUACUAGCAAUAAUUCAGGUACAGUGGUUUAUAAACCAGGCGUAUUUGGUAAAGGAACAGACACUGCAAACUAUGAUUCUGGAUCAGUUAUUAUUCACGGUUCGAUUGACGGUGGAACUUAUAAUAAUGAAUCUGUAAUUUUAAAAUCACCAUCUGCUUAUAAAAAAACAAUCAACAAUAUCAAUCAUUCAAACAAUUCAAGCAUUGGCGCUUCAGCAACUUUAAAAAUUAAACUUAAUACUAUUAGCGAAGGUAUUAAAACCAACACAAUCUUAAUUAGAGAAAAAACCAUUGAACAAAUAGUUUUACAAACCCCAAUUAAAAAUUUAGAUGAAAAAAAUCAAAGAAUCGUUAUUUAUUCAACUUUUGGUUUGAUCUUAUUCCUUGCAAUCAUUUUUAAAUUCUUUAGAUAG